CCUGCAGCAGCCUCCGUCAGCUCAGCGGAGCUCCGGUGCUUCUGAACGCUCGCUGUCCUCUUGCAAACAGUCCUCUCUAGGCCUUUGACACUCAGAACCCAGCUGACGACGGACUAUAAGGCGCUGACUGAAGCCGAAGCGUGUUGGUUGCUUCCGUGAUAUCCACUAGAGAAGAGCCAGUGUUAGUAAUGGCGACAGCUGCGGUGUCUGCCCCUGCUGGCUGCGGCCCCAGCCCCGGGCCGGGAACGGAGCUCGUCCGCGGGCAGGCCUUCGACGUCGGGCCUCGGUACAGCAACCUCUCCUACAUCGGGGAGGGAGCCUAUGGCAUGGUCUGCUCUGCCUAUGACCGGGACAAUAAGAUCCGUGUGGCCAUCAAGAAGAUCAGUCCGUUUGAGCACCAGACGUACUGCCAGCGCACACUGAGAGAGAUCAAAAUCCUUCUGCGCUUCAAACAUGAGAACAUCAUUGGAAUCAAUGACAUCAUCCGCACGCCCACCAUUGACCAGAUGAAGGACGUAUACAUCGUGCAGGACCUGAUGGAGACGGACCUGUACAAGCUGCUGAAGACUCAACACCUGAGCAACGACCAUAUAUGCUACUUCCUCUAUCAGAUCCUGCGAGGGCUCAAGUACAUCCACUCCGCCAACGUCCUGCACCGCGACCUGAAACCCUCCAACCUUCUGCUCAACACCACCUGUGAUCUCAAGAUCUGUGACUUUGGUCUGGCUCGUGUGGCCGAUCCGGACCACGAUCACACUGGUUUCCUGACAGAAUACGUGGCCACUCGCUGGUACCGAGCUCCUGAGAUCAUGCUCAACUCCAAGGGCUACACCAAGUCCAUAGACAUCUGGUCGGUGGGCUGCAUCCUGGCUGAGAUGCUCUCCAACAGGCCCAUCUUCCCUGGGAAGCACUAUUUGGACCAGCUGAACCACAUCCUGGGGAUUUUGGGUUCUCCCUCUCAGGAGGAUCUCAACUGCAUCAUCAAUAUCAAGGCCAGGAACUAUCUGCUGUCACUGCCGCUACGCUGCAAGGUGCCAUGGAACCGCCUCUUCCCCAAUGCCGACCCCAAAGCUCUGGACCUGCUGGAUAAGAUGUUGACCUUUAACCCUCACAAAAGGAUUGAAGUGGAGGAAGCUCUCGCACAUCCUUACCUGGAGCAAUAUUACGACCCCACAGAUGAGCCGGUGGCAGAGGCCCCAUUCAAGUUCGACAUGGAGCUGGAUGAUCUACCCAAAGAGAAACUGAAGGAGCUCAUCUUUGAAGAAACUGCACGCUUUCAGCCGGGGUUCAGAUCUUAACAGCUCACACAGCAGCCGACUGUGUGGACGAUCUUCUGCCACUGCUCCUCCCGCCUCCACGCUGUUGCUGUGACCUUCUGAUUUGUCUCCAUCACCUACGGUCCCACUCGUCCCGUCCACUUUGCUCAGGAACGGCGUCAGGAAUCAAUCACUCUCACUCUGAGGUUCAUUUUGUGGGUGGGUGGGUGGGGGUGGUCUACAUCACUACUGGCUGUCCUGGGCCUGGUAGUGUUUCUGUUCAAAAGCCAACAUAAAUGUAACUGACGUCAGGUUCUACUUCAGUGCUGUGUUUUUUUGGUCCUUAAAAGUGACGUAGGAAGACUUCCCUGCUGCGACCGUGCAACUGCACCACUCACAAUCUGAAACAAGACUUUUUUUUCUUCAAUGGAAAUUGUCAGGUUUAGCCUCCACAUGACUCCACCAGGCCUCAAAGCCAUUCCGGCUGCUCUCACGCUGGCCCGCGAGGCCUCAUGAUCAGGCUGCACAAUGUCAGGAGGCGUCGCCAUCUUGAUUUUUGUUGCUGUCUUGCAGUCAUUUAAAAUCACUUUUUUAGCUCCUUUUUUGCGUUUUUAAAUGAAUUUGAUUUUUUUUUAAGUAUUUUUAUAAUCCAUUAGUCAUGACCAUUUAAGUCAGCCUGACCUUUCUUUGAUCAUUUUGUGCAGCCCUGAUAUAAAUCUAGGUUCAUCUCCCGUACGGAGCGAGCUGUUCUCAUCACAAGAUGGACAAAAGAAUCGAGGGGGUUCUUCCUUGUUUCUCAGUGUUGCAGUAGGAAAGUCACCGUUAGAUCUAUCCAUCGAAAUAUGCUUGAUGUGACUCCUUCUCCUGGUGUGUCGUCUCAGUGGAUCUGUCGCCUUGUCAGAAGAAAACUGUGCCCUCUGCAUGACUGUUAAAAGCUCCGCAUACAAAGACGACCACGACGUUAAAGUGCCACACGAGCCGCCGGCUCCUCUUCUGUUCCGCCGCCAUCACUUCCUGAUCACAUGGUGCUUUUCUCUCUUUCUGUUCACCAUCGUCGAGCCGACCUCCAUACGUCACGUCCAUCACGUCGCCGUUGCUAAAAAGGAGAAUAACCAUAUAAGCGCUGAUUCUACACCAAAUCUGGAGAUGUAUUUUUGCUUUUGAAAAGUCAAAUUUGUCCUCAAGCUGCCCGUUUGUUUUGACGUGGUCGACUCAGACUUGCUGAUUAUCUGUGUGAAGAAAUAGAAAUGUUCAAGUUUCCUGUGCGAGACUGUUGACUCAUUUCAGGUGAUGAUUAUCAACCUCAAAUAUUCCUUUUGGUGGAGCUAUCCUCCGUUUUUUUCCUUUGAAAUGUCUCAAAACGAAUCAGAUCUGGUCAGGUGUAGAUUAAAGGAGAUUGUCUUUAUUUUGCAUAUAACAAAAGAGCAUAUGACUUUUAUGACGAGUUAAAGCCAAGGUUGAUGUCGACAGUGUUGGAUAAAUAUUUAAGGUCGUUUUUAACCUCUGUGGGCGGAGCUUAAGUCAUUUUUCCUUCUUUAUACCUCUGCUUGAAUCAUAUAUGUGCACUUUAAGAGUUGAAUCUUUACUCAAAUUUAGCUGGAUUUCAGGGAUUUAGCCUUUGGAUCAAAGUAUUAUGAAGAUAUUUAAGACAAUAUUCAAGUUUCGUCACAGAAGGUUGAUCAUUUUCUGGCAUCCUGACCUCAAAGAAAGAAGGCGGUCCUCAGUUCAACCACGGAAUGGGGCAUCUUCAUUUAUUAUUAAUGCUGAACCCAGGAAACAGACUGACUUUUGCUUAUUUUGAUUUAAAGGUUCUGUGUGGCUGGACUGUAUUCGGCCUCCCAAAAGUACUUCAUCCGGUUUAGGUUGUUUUUUUUUUCUCCUUAAACAUUUGGAGUCAGUGCAUUUGAAGUCACUGAAAGUAACUUUUUUGUGCUAAAAUGUAUGGCUACUCUUUUUGUUUUCCAGAAUACCUAGAGAGGACAUGUAGGGAAGAGGAUAAUAAUCCACCAGUUUUAUGUGAAUGAGCCGAUCACCGUUAACUUAAGGACCAAUGUACUCUCAAACACAAAUCAAUAUGCACUGUAAAAAAGUCAUUGGCUCUCCCCACAGAGGUUAAAGUCCUUCACAUACAGUAUAUUGAAGAUUUAUUUUGAAUAAAUUGCUGUCUUUUUUGCACGCCAGGUCCUGAUUGGCUGCAAACACCCGUGAUUAUGACCUGCACUUGCUUUCAUGGGGACGGGGGGGAGGGGGUUUGCAAUCUGAGGUGCCUGCCCGGACCGGCCUGUAGAUAGUGUGCGCGCGUGUGUGUCGGGGGGUGGGAGGGUCAGUGAGACCAGCGUACUGGGAUUAGUUGUAUGAUAAGCUUCUGCCGAGUUCUUUGUGCAACCUGUCUGUUCGUGCCUUUUACGAUAGUCUUGAUAUCCAAGAAUUUGACGUGCAGCUUUCGUUUAGUCUGGAAUCUGUUGUAUUUCGCAGUAUUUCGCUCUUUUUGAAAAUGAAAACAAUCAAGUCAGAGAGGGGCGGGCGCUGAGGGAGGGGUGGGGCUCUACUUAUUCCAGUUCUGUACAUUUUUAAUGAUUUGUCGCCACCGCUGUGUGAUUUGUGACUGUAUUAAAAAAAAGAGAAGCAAACAUUUCUAUUUUUUUUGCGUUUUCCUUUCCCCCUCUUUUUUUCUCUCGAUGUUUUUGUGCAGAUAUUUUUAUUGUAAAUGAAUGUUCUGUUUCUAUCGGACACUAAUUCUUGUUUGAGUUGUCUCCAGUGGAAAUACUUCACUCUGUAUGGUUUGAUCAGUAUAAAACCUUUUAAUUGUGCAGUUUCUGAACGAAAAUAAAGGUCCUUGGUUGUAUUUUAA